AUGAGCACAAUAAACACGCCGAAACAAACAUUUCACAUACGACUAUCACCAAAUCAACCGAAAACCUUCGCAUGGUGGACUCUUACGUUGUCAUCUCUUGGUGCUCCACCUACACCGGUUCUUGAUAGUACCUUCAUAUGGGACGACACGGAAACGGCCAUGGCUCCACGUCUCUAUCGUCUUCCACUAAUCUGUCGAAUACCGGAAGAAGCUCGCAAUAUGACGUGUGAAAUCGAAGAGGACUGCAAAUGCACGCCAGCAGAGGUAAAAAUGCGCUGCAGUUGUAAGGAAAGCAGCCUAACAGCACACAUGCGGCAUCAUGACUACCUACCACAACUCCGACCCAAUGUGGAGUUAAUGACGAAUCAAAGUCAACUUUUUGCACGAAUUCCGCAACUUCCAACAGCAAAAUUCGUCUUACACGUACAAGGGACCUUCCAGACGACUUCGUUGGUAUCCGACGCUGUAUGCACCAUCGAAAAUACACAUUGUCAAGGAUGUUACAAACGCCCUAAAGGAGCCUCGGCGACAGUGACGUGCAAGUCCUCCACUGCGAAAGAGAACGCAGAAAUACGAUGCGGAGACAAUUCAUUUACUGUACCAUGCACCAAGAACGGAACACCGUCCAAAUCGAGAUUCUACGCAGAUACUGCACGAUUCCUGGCGAUAUGUACAGUGCACUGUGGAAAAGUACGACAUCGAUUCGAGAUAACUGGUAUUCUGCACUAUACUGGCAGUAUUUCCAUGGCAAUAACACGACUCAUCAAUGGAGAAAGUGUAGUGUUCUCGGAGAUUAACCUUCCAGACAUCAGCCACAUAGUUGAUGUCUUCCUGAAUUGGAGCGGAACACUACUCCUAACUGUUGGACUUGUCGCUGCAGCUUUUUCGCUAACAUACCUUUGUAUAGCUAACAGCUUCGUACUUGUCUUCCUUCGCAUGACCUUUCGCUUCCUAACCUUUAUCGCGAUUGCCAGCUUCUACCUUCUAUGCAUACCACUACGACUUUCUACUCAACGGUUCACGACGAAGUCACCGGAAAAGCUGCUCUAA